AGAAGAGGACCGCCACUGUUUAUUUCCGGUUACUCAAAAUGGAAACUCUCCAUUCGGUUGUCAUCAAAUAUCCCGGAAUAUUUUAGUAAUGUUUAUAUGUUGACGCCUUUCGGGUUACAGAAAAACUUCGCGCAAGUUGCAAUCUCGUUUAUUUUUUCAUUCCGUCAUAAAUACACCCGUGUUAUAGUGGUAUUUGCCGGACAUUAGGCAAAAUGAGAAGAGGAGUUGGAGCAGGAGCAAUUGCUAAAAAGAAAUUGGCCGAGGCCAAGUACAAGGAGAGAGGGAAUGUCCUUGCAGAGGAUCAAAUUGCUCAGAUGUCAAAGCAGCUAGAAACCUUCAAGUCGAACCUGGAAGAAUUUGCCAGCAAGCAUAAACAGGAGAUCAGAAAGAACCCUCAAUUCAGGGUUCAGUUCCAGGAAAUGUGUGCCACCAUCGGAGUUGACCCGCUUGCCUCUGGAAAAGGUUUUUGGUCUGAGAUGCUUGGAGUUGGAGACUUCUACUAUGAGCUUGGUGUGCAGAUUAUUGAAGUGUGCCUUGCCCUGAAACACAGAAAUGGAGGGCUUAUUACCUUGGAUGAACUACAUCACAGAGUACUGAAAGGAAGAGGCAAAUAUGCUCAGGAUGUGAGCCAAGAUGAUUUGGUGAGAGCCAUAAAGAAACUUAAGGUGAUGGGUAAUGGUUUCGGGAUGAUUCCUGUGGGAGGUUCCUACUUGGUGCAGUCUGUUCCAGCAGAACUUAACAUGGACCAUACUGUGGUUCUACAGCUGGCUGAGAAAAAGGGAUAUGUCACAGUGAGUGAGAUCAAGGAGAAUCUCAAAUGGGAGAAAGAACGAGCUUGUCACGUUCUGGAUCACCUGCUGAAAGAAGGCCUGGCCUGGUUGGACUCUCAGUCAGCUGGAGAAGCCCAGUACUGGCUGCCGGCACUCUUCUCCGAGCUUUCAUCUCGUGACAUCACACCAGAGGAGGCUAGUCAGAUGACACCUUAAAAAGGAUUCGAUGGAGCUGACCUGGACAAGAGCUGCUGACAGUUUUAGAGACAUGUUGGUAAACAAAAUGUGCGGCUCCUGUGAGGGAGCUGGCACGGUUACUAUAGCCUGGAGUCUGAGCAAAGUGAAAACUCUGCUCAUUAGAAUCUCCUCGGGAACUUCUAUGCAUCAAGUGUACUUAUGGU